GACGACAACGACAGCACUUCGAAUGAAGGAAUCUUUGUGUCCAAGAUCGUGGAGAAAGGUCCAGCAGACAAAGAGGGAGGCCUUCAGAUCCACGACAGAAUAAUAGAGGUCAAUGGAAAGGAUCUCUCAAAGGCCACACACGACCAGGCGGUGGAGGCCUUCCGCACCGCCAAGGAGCCCAUCGUGGUCCAGGUUCUGCGUCGGGCCCCUUACCCCAAAGUGGCCAACCCUGCCGUUGACACCCAAGUCACAGACAUCAGCACCCAGACGGACAUCACCCUCCAGCACAUCAUGGCCCUCACCAAUCUGCCCCCCUCUUCACCCCCAAUCUCAGAGCUGGAGGAGUAUCUGCUUCCAGAGGAGCAUCCUCCUGGGCACGUGUACUUUGACCCUGAUUUCCUUGAGGGUAUACAGCAGGACAUAGAGCGGGAGGAGCUGGAAUAUGAGGAGGUGGAUUUGUACAGAGACAACAUUCAAGACAAGCUCGGCCUGACUAUCUGUUAUAGGACUGACGAUGAGGAUGAGGCUGGGAUCUACAUUAGUGAGAUUGAUCCAAACAGCAUUGCAGCAAAAGAUGGCAGAAUUAGAGAAGGUGACAAAAUCAUACAGAUCAACGGUGUUGAGAUCCAAAAUCGAGAGGAUGCCGUGGCACUGCUAACCAGUGAGAGCAACCAGAACAUCUCCCUGCUGGUGGCCAGGCCAGAGAUCCAGCUGGAUGAGGGCUGGAUGGAUGAUGACAGGAACGACUUCCUGGAUGACCUCCACAUGGAUAUGCUGGAGCAGCAGCACCAUCAGGCCAUGCAGUUCACUGCCAGCAUGCUGCAGCAGAAGAAGCACGAGGAGGAUGGGGGCACCACAGAUACAGCCACGCUGCUCUCUAACCAUCACGAGAAGGACAGCGGCGUCGGCCGCACGGACGAGAGCACGCGAAACGACGAGAGCUCUGAGCAGGAGAACCUCGGCGAUGACCAGACCACAGCCUCCAACACGCUGGGCAGCUGCAGAAAGCUGACCUACAGCCAGGACACGCUCGGCAGCACCGACCUGCCCUUCAGCAGCGAGUCGUUCAUGUCGGUCGACUACGCCGACGCCGACUUCCUGGGCAUUCCGGUUGACGAGUGCGAGCGCUUCAGGGAACUCCUGGAGCUCAAGUGCCAGAUGAGGAGCAGUGGAGCCCAGGGCCUCUAUGGGCAGGGCGGUGGAGCGGUGGGUCAGGACCAGGAGGGUGUGGACAAGGAGCUUGAGAUGCUCAAUGAAGAGCUGCGCACCAUAGAGCUAGAGUGCCUGAACAUCGUCCGCGCCCACAAGAUGCAGCAGCUGAGGGAGCAGUGCCGUGAAUCCUGGAUGCUGCACAACAGCGGCUUCCGCAACUAUAACACUAGCAUAGAUGCUCGCCGCCACGAGCUGUCAGACAUCACGGAGCUGCCAGAGAAGUCUGACAAGGACAGCUCCAGUGCCUACAACACUGGUGAGAGCUGCCGCAGCACCCCUCUGACUCUGGAACUGUCUCCAGAUAAUUCGCUCCGUAGAGUAGCAGAAAACCAAGCUGGGCCGUCGGGCUCCAGUGGCAGGAUGCUGAAGCCCCUCCUGUCUCCUGUGCAGGAAGCUUGCAGCCCGAGCCGGAGCAGAAGCUCAUCCAAGGAUCCAGAUGGAGCGCUGCAGGCAGACGGCAAAGAGAGAAAGCCCGGAGAGUCUAGUAAGAGCGGGCGAGGCUUCUCUCAGCCGCACUCACCUUACAAGCACGCUCACAUCCCCGCCCAUGCCCAGCACUACCAGAGCUACAUGCAGCUGAUCCAGCAGAAGUCAGCCGUAGAGUACGCUCAGAGCCAGAUGAGCCUGGUCAGCAUGUGUCGGGAUCCCAUUACCCCCAGCGACCUGGAGCCUAAGAUGGAGUGGAAGGUGAAGAUCCGCAGCGACGGCACACGUUACAUCACCAAGAGGCCCGUCCGGGACAAGCUGCUGAGGGAACGCGCCCUCCGGAUUCACGAGGAGCGCAGCGGUAUGACCACAGAUGACGACGCCAUAAGCGAGCUGAAGAUGGGCCGCUACUGGAGCAAGGAAGAGAGGAAGCAGCACGCGGUGCGUGCCAAGGAGCAGAGGCAGCGCCGCGAGUUCAUGAAGCAGAGCCGAGCCGACUGUCUGAAGGAGCAGGCCACCCUGGAGGACAAAAAGGAGCCGAACAUCAUCGAACUCAGCCACAAAAAGAUGAUGAAAAAGAGGAAUAAGAAAAUAUUUGACAACUGGAUGACCAUUCAAGAACUUCUCACCCAUGGUACCAAGUCACCAGAUGGCACGAGGGUGUACAACUCCCUCCUGUCUGUGACUACGGUCUAAGUCCUGUUCAGGCCUGCUAGAGGAGAAGAGACUUGAGUGUAAUGGUCUGUACAUAGGACUCUAACAGCUGGGGUACAGAUUCCUGCCUCGUUCAAGGUGGCAACACGUGUAAAUAGGAAAUAAACACCUUUUCUGUGUGAGCAUUUUCCCCACUGCAGUGAAAAGAGGGCUCCUGAAACAACGGUUGGACCUCGAGUGAGUUGGAUUAGGAGACCGUGUAUGAGGAAGAUUUUGGAAGCAUAAUUCAAUAAUCUCUUCUACCUUUGUGCCUGCUUUUUUGAAGAUUUUUUUGAAACACAAAUACAAUAUUUGACUUUUUGGAAGGUUUUGAAAGUGUGUAAAGACAGUGUGCCAUACAUUAAAAAGCCAGCAUUUACACUAUUUUACAUUAUUUUGUUCGUACUAUAUAUCUCUUCAGUAUUUUUGCUGUAAUGUGUCCGUAAUGCUUUUACCAAAACAAUAUUUUCCUGCGAGGUGAAACUCUUAACCUUUUCAAAAGGACUUUUUGUAAAUUAAAAAAAAUCCAACUUUUGUAUCAAAUUCACUUUGUUUUCCUUUCCCUUGAAUGGUGCUGAUCUCCCAAAGUUUAAAGCCACCAGCGAUGUACCGUCUGUUACAUAAUGUAGAGAACAUCAUAACGUGAUAUCACCAUGUAUGUACGUAUAUUUAGAGAAAGACAUUUCUCACGUUGCUGAAACUGAAAUGUCUGUUUGUUCAAGCACACACUGUAGUUGCUUUGGUAGGGUUUCAUGUAUUGGUCAGAAUAACAGCUUAAGCAAAUCUUUAGUUAACCACCCAAUUUGAUGUCUUGUAAAAUGAGAGAAAUAAUAAAUUAUUGUUUUAUAUAUGACGAGCUUUGAAAA